AUGGGAACGGUGAGCCCGGUCUCGUUCCGCAGUCAGAACCCAGAUCAUUCACCACGCCAGGCAAAGCUGCGAGCAGCUUCAAGUCAAGUCCUCAUGAACGGGAACACGGUCAAACCGUCGCCUACAUACCACCAAGCGCAUUAUCUUCUGCUAGGGUUGUGGUGGAAGGGAUACGUCCAGCAGGCCAUCAGACUCGCAACCAAGAUAGCAAUUGCCCUGCAAUAG